AUGUCUUCAGACGGAUACAAGAACAUCAUCCUCAUCGGAGUACGUCCCAACCCCUCUCCCCUGGGCAGUGGCUCUCUCGGCAGCGUCCUUUUGAAGUCCCUCCUCUCUGAGCCCAAGUUCAACGUAACCGUGCUCACGCGCGCCUCAUCCAAAGCGCGCUCCACCAUCCCCUCCACCGCCAAGAUCAUCACCGUCCCUGAUACUUACCCACAAGAGGACCUUGUCCAAGCCUUCGCCGGCCAAGACGCCGUCGUGAACGCGAUCACCAGCUUCUCCGUCGCCGAGCAGCUCCGCUUCAUCGACGCCGCCAUCACGGCGGGCGUCAAACGCUACGUCCCCUCCGAGUACGGACUGGACAACAACACCCCCAAAGCGCAGGACCUGGCCCCCGUGUUCAAAGAAAAGGGCCUGGUGCAGGAGUAUCUGCGCGGGAAAGAGGCAAGCGGGUUAACUUGGACGGCGAUUGCGUGCGGGAUGUGGAUUGGAUGGUCCCUUCGCAAUAACUUCCUCGGCUUCGACUACCCCAACCGCACCGUGACAUUCACCAAUGACGGAACCGGCUAUUUCUCAACCACUACAUUGAACAACACUGCGUUGGCCCUGAAUCGCAUUCUACUGAACCCCGGCCCCACGGCCAACCAGAUUGUCUUCACCAGCGACUUCGCGACCAGCCAGAUAGAGCUCGUGGAGACGAUCGAGCGUCUCACGGGCGAGAAGUGGCAGCGAAAGUCCAUCGAUACGACCGAGGUCAUUCCGGCGCUGAAGUCGGCCUGGGAAAAUGGUGACGCCUACGCGGGCUAUGGAUUAAUUAAUGUCGGGUUCACUGAGGGGUCGUAUAGUGGUUAUUUUGAGCCUACGCGCCAGAUCCGGAACAGGGAGCUUGGUCUUCCGGAGAAGAGCCUUGCGGAGGUGGUGAAGGAGGCUUUGGGAGAGGUGGGACAUUCGGGAUUCUAGACUCGCGGGUUUAAAUGC